AUGAGCCAGACUCCGAAUGACAGCCAGGCCCCGACGUGGGCCCCAAGCGGCCCCAGCACGGGCGCGCUAGAGGUGGCCUACUUCGUGCUGAGCGGCCUGGCCAUGUUCACCUGCACCUGCGGGAUCCUGGGCAACGGCCUGGUGAUGUGGCUGCUGAGCUUCCGCGUGAAGAGGACCCCGUGCACCACCUACGUCCUGCACCUGGCCGCGGCCGACCUCCUCUUCCUGCUCUGCAUGGCCGCCCUGCUCAGCCUGGAGACCCACCCGGAGACCCACCCGGAGACCGGCACGCAGACCACCUACGACAGGGCGUACGAGGUGCUGCGGCGACUGAAGUACUUCGCCUACACCGUGGGCCUGAGCCUGCUGACGGCCAUCAGCACGCUGCGCUGCGUGUCCGUGCUCUUCCCCAUCUGGUACAAGCGGCACCACACCCAGCGCCUGUCGUCCUGGCUGUGCGCCGGGCUCUGGGCGCUGUCCCUGCUGAUGAACGUGCUGGCCGCCUUCUUCUGCAGCAAGUUCAGGCAAAUGAACAGACACCAGUGCUACGUGGUGGACCUGACCUUCAGCGCCCUCAUCAUGGGCAUCUUCACCCCGGUGAUGACGGUGUCCAGCGUGACCCUGUCUGUGCAGGUGCGGAGAGCGUCCCAGCGGUGGGGGCGGCGGCCCACGCGGCUGUACGUGGUCAUCCUGGCCUCGGUGCUGGUGUUCCUGGUCUGCGCCCUGCCGCUGGGCAUCUACUGGUUUCUGCUGUACUGGCUACACCUGCAGGAGCAGGUGGUGCUCCUGUACAGCGGCCUGUCGCGCUUGUCCUCCACCGUGAGCAGCGGCGCCAACCCGGUCAUCUACUUCCUGGUGGGCAGCCGCAGGGGCCGGGGCGGCAGGGAGCCCCUGGGGGCCGUGCUGCGCAGGGCGCUGCGGGACACGCCCGAGCUGGAGGGGAGGGAGACCCCCUCCGUCUACACCAAUGAGGUGGGGGUGUGA